CAGGGUGUCUCCAACAACAGAGACCUGACCUAAAACCCUGAGGCCAGCCAGCCCCAGAUAAGAGGUAUCCUGAUCUCUGUGAAUGAGGGCUCCCAGCAUGGUGCUCAAGGCCUUCUUCCCCACGUGCUGUGCUUCGGCAGAUAGUGGCCUGCUAGUGGGACGGUGGGUCCCAGGACAGAGUAGUGCUGUGAUCCUGGCUGUGGUGCACUUCCCCUUCAUCCCCAUCCAGGUCAAGGAGCUCCUGGCCCAGGUGCAGAAGGCCAGUCAAGUACAAGUGUCUGUGUUAGGUACCUGGUGCCACCGUCAGCAGGAGCCAGAGGAGAGCCUGGGACAUUUCCUAGAGGGUCUGGGUGCCAUCUUCUCCCAUGAUCCCUGGUUGCAGCUAUGCCGGGAGAGGGGUACCAAGCUCUGGAGCUGUAAGGCCAUGUACUACCAGAUGCCCAACACUCUGGACACGCCCACUGAAGACCAGGUCAUGCUCAUCUUCUAUGAUCAGCGCAAACUGCUGCUCUCCUGGCUGCACCCACCUAGAGAACUACCUGACUGUCAGACUGGAGACACCACAGCCAGCACCGGAGGCCUAGCUGACGUCUUUGACACAGUGGCACGCAGUGAGAUGCUCUUCCGAAAUGACCAGUUUGAUGAGGGCCCCGUCCGCCUGAGCCACUGGCAAUCGGAAGGAGUGGAGGCGAGCAUACUUGUGGAGUUGGCAAAGCGGGCCUCGGGGCCUGUGUGCCUGCUACUGGCUUCUUUGUUGUCCCUGAUCUCAGCAGCUAGUGCUUGCCGGCUAUGGAAGCUGUGGCCCCUUUCCUUCAUCAGAAGCAAGCUCUCCACUUGUGAGCAGCUCCAGCACCGCCUCAAGCACCUCUCCCUCAUCUUCAGCACUGAGAAAGCCCAGAGUCCCAUGCAGCUGAUGAGGAAGGCCAACAUGCUGGUUUCUGUGCUACUGGACGUGGCCCUUGGCCUGCUGCUGCUCUCUUGGCUGCACAGCAAUAACCGAAUUGGACAGCUGGCCAAUGCCCUGGUGCCUGUGGCUGAUCGCGUGGCUGAGGAGCUCCAGUAUCUGCUGCAGUGGCUGAUGGGUGCUCCUGCUGGGCUCAAGAUGAAUCGGGCACUGGAUCAGGUGCUAGGCCGCUUUUUCCUGUACCACAUCCAUCUGUGGAUCAGCUAUAUCCACCUUAUGUCCCCCUUUAUUGAGCACAUCCUGUGGCAUGUGGGCCUCUCGGCUUGCCUUGGACUCACUGUUGCCCUGUCCAUCCUUUCGGACAUCAUCGCCCUUCUUACCUUCCACAUCUACUGCUUCUAUGUCUACGGUGCCAGGCUCUACUGCCUGAAGAUCUACGGCCUCUCCUCUCUCUGGCGCCUGUUCCGGGGGAAGAAGUGGAAUGUUCUGCGCCAGCGGGUGGAUUCUUGUUCCUAUGACCUUGACCAGCUGUUCAUUGGAACCUUGCUCUUCACCAUCCUGGUCUUCUUGCUGCCCACCACCGCUUUAUACUACCUGGUAUUUACCCUGCUCCGGCUCCUGGUGAUCACUGUGCAGGGCUUAAUCCAUCUACUUGUGGACCUCAUUAACUCCUUGCCACUCUACUCCCUUGGCCUUCGACUUUGCCGACCCUACAGGCUGGCAGCUGGUGUGAAGUUCAGAGUUCUGGAGCAGGAGGCAGGCAGGCCCCUCCGCCUCCUGAUGCAGAUAAACCCCCUGCCCUAUAGCCAUGUGGUGCACACCUACCGCCUGCCUAGCUGUGGUUGCCAUCCCAAGCACUCCUGGGGUACCCUGUGUCGAAAGCUGUUCUUCGGAGAGCUCAUCUACCCCUGGAGGCAGAGAGAGGACAAACAGGACUGAGGAGCUGGACACAACCUACGUAGCUACCACUGCACAGCCAUCGCGCCUCCUCUCUGCCACAAUAGCACUGAUCAUGGGGUCAUCUCAGGUCCUACCUUGCCCAGCCUGACACUCUAUGUACUGAAUGUAGGCAGGCCUCACCCUUGAGUUACUACUGUGGUUCUCAGAGCCUGCCAGCUUCAGUGCUGUACUCCAUCUCUCUAGCACAGUGGUUCUCAACCUUCCCAAU